AUGUUCAGACUUCCACUCGCGCCCCCAUCGUCUGCCCUCCGCAUCCGCCAUGCGUCGCCACGCCAUCUACAUGCAUCGCUAGCACGGCAGCAUCUCGUUGGUCCUCCCGACCCCGUUUCGCACAUGCGGCCAGUCAUUUACGACGACGCGCCCCCGCCUCCGCCGUCACAAGUUCGACACCCGUACUCGCUCCGCGAGUUCACCGGUGACACGCGUGAGUACCAGCUCAAGAUGCAGCGGCAGGAGCUGGACGCAUUCAACGAAUCAUUUUGGAGGGAGAGCAACACACGCUUCUAUGCCGCAAAGGACGCCGUACUUGCUGCGUUUCCGGAAGACACGACCGCUGAGGAGCGCGAGGUCGCGCUUUCCGAGUUCUACUCCGGUUGGGUCGCACAGGAGAACGCACGGCUGGACGCGUACGGCGGGUCCUGGCGGCGUCGAAACUGGGCGGCGAUUGCGCUCGCGGCGCGCGUGCGAUACGAGCGGUUCUGGGCCCGCCUCGCGCGGCCGUUCGCGUGA